AUGGAUUUUCCUAUAAUGUUGAGACAAGAAUUGGUUUCUUCGCCAGUUACUAUUGCAACUGCUAGUACAAGUUUACAAAUGAAAAGUCCAACAUCUUCACAAUUCAAUUCAAUACGAUUGAAACAAGUACAAAGCAUUGAUUCUUUAACUCAUCAUCCUUUGUUAAAUAAUGAUGACGAGGAGGACAACAACAGUGAUCUACUGAUUUCUAAAUGGGCAAAUUCUGUUGGUGGACAAAUAUUGACUAAACUUCGUGAAAUGGAUAAGAUGUAUUCUGAUAUCAUACAAUUAUUAAUCUCCAAAAAGACAAUUGAUAGGGAUUUGUUGCAAGAUCAUAUAAUUUUCACAUUACCAAUAGAUGAAGGUACUAAAGUAAUAACAAUGAGUGCAAUCAGAGGAUUCAUUCAAAAUGAGGUUUUUAAGGCUAUAGAUUUAAUGCCUUCAGAACAUGAACUUUCCUCAACGUUUUUGGAUAAUCCAAAGAAUCGCAGAUCAGUAUUUGACUCUUUUGCAAUACCAGAUGAUCUUGAUGAUGAUUAUCCAACCAUCAAGAUAACCAAUAGUAAUGUUGAUAUUUUAUUACAAGGAAUGACGAUCCAAGCAAUUGUAAUAGAAUCGUCACUUAAAUUUAAAGAAAUAUCAGAGAAAAUUGCCACAAAAGAAACAGCCAAUAAAAAAAACAUUGAACUACCUAAUUUAUCUGAAUCAUUGCUUAUUGAAUCAACAUGUGAAAAAAUCCAAUUAUUUUAUGAAUUUAUACAUUCAGAAAUUGAGAAACAGAUCAAUACCACUGAAAAAUCAAUUGAUGAUUCAGAGAUUGAAAUAUUUGAAAAAUUAAAUGCCAUCGAGAAAUAUGUAUGUGCCACGCUAUACGAUAAUAUUUUUUGUCCAAACUGGUCAAAUGAUAAUGGUAUACAUGAUAACUUGUUAAGUUCAAAAAUAGCAGCAUUAAACCUACUAGAUUUAAAUUUAAAACAUCUUGGUGUUGAUAUUAUUGAAUCAAAUCAGCAAGAAUCGAUUGAUAUGGCAGUUCAGAACGCUGGUAUAGAAUUACAAAAUCUGAACAAGAGAAAAUCUCCACUUGAAAAACUUGAAAAAUCUCUUAAAAAAAGGGAAAAAAAGAAUGCUAUCGACUCUGUAAAAGAUGUGAAUUCUACAAAAGAUAUGGAUUCUGUAAAAGAUAUCGAACCUGUAAAAGAUGUCGAGUUUGCAAAAGAUGUUGACUCCGCAAAAGAUGUUGAUUCCGCAAAAGAUGUUGACUCUGCAAAAGAUGUUGAUUCCGCAAAAGAACAAGAAAAAGAUGAUGUUUCUUCUUCAAUUCCAGCACUACCUCCUCCUUCGCCAUCAGAUCUACCACCAAGACCCAUACUAACAACAACAAAAGUAAAUGGAAGCAAUGACACAUCAUCAUCAACAUCAUCAUCUAAAUCAACACCUAAAUCAUCACCCGAAUUAUCGCCUACAUCGUCAUCCACGUUAUCACCUAAAUUAAUACCUACUUCACCUACUUCCAGUAAAAAGGGAAAUGAAAAGUUAGAAACCAAUGGUAGUAGUGAUCCAGCAGCAGAUUUAAUUUUACCAUUAUUAAUUUUCACAGUAGUUAAAUCAAAUCCAAAAGGCUUGGUUUCUAAUUUAAAAUACAUACAAAGAUACAGAGUUCGAACAUUAUUAUAUGGCGAAUCCUCAUAUUGUCUUACAAAUACCUUGGCAGUGGUAGCAUUUUUGGAGAAUGUAGAUUAUUCAGGUUUAGGUUUAAGUCCUGAAAAGGCUUUAAGCAAUAACACCACUAGUAACAACAGCAAUAGCAAUAUUAUUAGCAAUGCUAAUAAUGCGUCGAAUGUUGAACUAAGUGUUAGCAGAAAAGUAGGACAAGAAUUGGUUGAGGCAGCUACUAGUUUAAGAGUUUUCACUGAUGCAUUAGAUUCAUCAUAUAAACUGUUUGGACGUAUGCUUGGAUAUAAUGAAAAGAAAGAUGCGACAAAUUCAACAAAAAUAAAAUCAAAAAAUACUAUGACGGACUCAAAUUUAAUAACAAGUCGCUUACUUCCUUUUAAUGUUAUUCCAAGGUUUUCUUCAAUGACAACAACCUCAACUCCAAUAAUUGCAACAGGGUUAGAAGAAAAUAAUAAUAAUUUAAAAAUUUUACCACCAAUUCAAAAGUUUAUAGAUUGUUCUGUGGAAGAUAUUCGUAUUAAAGAUAAUUAUUGGAAGACUAUAAACGAUUAG